UAAGUUUAGAGAUUCGGAGACCGGACAGGACAGGACGGUACCGGCAUUCGAAGCUAUUAUUUAAUAUAUAAAUUAUAUAAUAAAAUUCAAUAACGUUUCCCCUAUUUGCCUUGGAUGUUUUAAAUAUAGUUAUUACUUUUCAAAUUUAAAUAUAAAAGCAAACGUGAAGUUUGCCUAAGAAUUGCAGUUUUCGCACAAAAAUACAUAAAUCCUGAACAAAAUGCAAGUUUAUAACAGUGGAGACCUGAAAUUAGAUGCUGCUGUGGAAGGAUGGCUAAAAAUAGAUAAGAACCCAGAAACAAGGAAGGAGGUCCUCGACGACAUAGCCAACUCGCGAUGGGACAAGCUGCGCGGGAGAAUGCUGAAGCGGCAGAGGUUCGGCACAGCAGGGCUCCGCGGCCGCAUGGGCGCCGGCUACACCGGCAUGAACGACGUCGUCGUGCUGCAGACCGCGCAGGGCCUGUGCUCUUAUAUCCAGAAGGAAUGCCGGCAGAGCCAGCUGCAGAAUGGCAUCGUCAUCGGAUACGAUGGCCGAUACAAUAGCAAACGGUUCGCCGAAUUGACCGCUAGGGUGUUCGUCUCUGCGUCCAUCCCCGUGCACCUGUUCUCGGCCGUGUGUCCCACGCCGCUGGUAUCGUUCGCCACCAUCCUGUACGGCGCGGCCGGCGGCGUCAUGGUCACCGCCUCGCACAACCCCAAGGAGGACAACGGGUACAAGGUAUACUGGGGCAAUGGAUCACAAAUUACAGCUCCCCAUGACCAACUCAUAUUGGAUGAAAUAUUACAGUAUUUGGAUAUACCGGACUCGCACUGGAUGACAGACGGCCUGCGCAGCCACGCGCUCGUGUCGGACUGUCUGUCGGAGGUGACGUCGCGCUACAUGCAGUACAUCGCGGACAGCGUGGGUCCGGAGCAGCGCGCCACCAACGCGCGCGCCGCAGUGGACACCGUGUACAGUGCCAUGCACGGCGUUGGAUACGAUUAUGUGGUGAAGGCUUUCGAGUCGGCCAGUCUGAAGCCGCCCAUCAGCGUGCCCGAGCAGCAAGACCCCAACCCUGACUUCCCGACCGUGGAGUUUCCCAACCCCGAGGAGCCCGAGUGCCUGGAGCUCAGCAAGCGGCUCGCGGAGCAGAAACGUGCCAGGCUGGUCCUGGUUAACGACCCUGACGCUGAUAGGCUGGCUGUAGCCGAGUUUGACAAGAGUUCAAAGAAAUGGAAGGUGUUCUCCGGCAACGAAAUGGGUUCUCUGCUCAGUUGGUGGCUGCUUAAACACGCGACGGGCGACGGCGACGACCGCUACGUCAUCACCAGCAUCGUCAGCUCCAAGAUGCUGCGCGCCAUCGUCAAGGGCCGCGGGCACUUCGUGGAGACGCUCACUGGGUUCAAGUGGAUGGGCAACACAGCGCUGCUUUUAAUGCAGCAGGGCAAGAAUCCGCUGUUCGCGUUCGAGGAAGCCAUCGGCUACAUGUGCUCUCCGCGCGUGCCGGACAAGGACGGAGUCUCCGCCGCCGUACAUGUGGCUUCCCUCGCAUCGCACCUGUACUCAUCGGGGUCGUGUCUAGGUGAACAGCUGCAGGCGCUGUACCGCGAGUACGGCUACCACGUGUGCCUCAACGGCUACUUCGUCUACCACGACCAAACCGUCAUACACGACAUAUUCGCCAGGAUCAGGAACUACCAUGGACCGGCUAAGUACCCGCAAAAAGUGGGAUCAUGUGAGAUCGUGUCCGUCAAUGACUUCGCUGCCGGCGUCAAAGUUCCCGAAGAGAGCACAACAAACAACCGGCAUCUAAACGUUGUAGGCACGGGUCUGGACCGGGACUACACGAGCGGCGAGAUGGUGAUCCUGCAGUGCAGGAACGGGCUCGAGGUGAUCGUGCGCACCAGCGGCACCGAGCCCAAGCUCAAGUACUACACGGAGCUGGUCUGUAAGGCCGACACACUGCAGGAACAAAAACAGAUGAACGCCAAACUGAAGGUGAUGGUGAAGGAGUUCAUGGAAGAGCUGCUGCAGCCGCACCGACACGAUCUGAUUGGAGAAAUCGCUUAAAAGUAACCAAACAAGACACGGCCGCGUUAUGUACAUAUAUAUCAAUUUUCUUGUGAUACUAUUGAACCAAAAACUACUUUAUCUUGUUAACCUCCAAUAGUCUUACAUUUUUGACAAUUUUUAAGCAUUCCAUUAAAAUUUCUCAUUAAAAUCGUAGGUAAGUAGGUAAAUUGAUAUUUUGUGUUUGGUAGUUUUAUACCCCGCGAUCCGCGAUUGAUGUGGAUCCUCCUUUUUUGCAUUAAGUGUGUGAAACAAGCUAUUGUCAGUCUAUAACGUCCAAUCCAUUGCUUUUUAUUAUUGUCCUAAAUUUCUUGGUUGCGCAUUCGCCGCUUUUCCGCAAAUUAAUAUUGUUUACAGGCUUUAUUGUCUGUUAUGCUAGUAAAUUUAUUACAAAUUGUACCAAAUAUAAAGGCUGUCUUGAGUGGAUGUAUCGUUUCAAAAACUGCCUACUUAAUAUUGUAACAAACAGCUCAAAACCGCAAAGCCUUCGUUAAACAUGCAGAUAUGUAACUAAUUGCUAAAUAAUUUGUAGCUAGAUGGCUUACAUUGCGAAACUUGAACAAAUUACAUAUUUAUUUCGAAGUGCGCGAAGAAAUGAGCUGAGAGAAAGAAAUGUGUCGUAAAUAACAAACGAAUGGCACCAAACCUAAGUUACCCAUAACAUAAUGUAUUACGGUGUUAAAAUGCUACAUAGACUAAUUAUUACAAAAUAAUUAGACAGUCUAUUUUUAAAUGCCUAUAUUAUUAUCUAACUAGUGUACUAACAUUCCCAUAUAGUUGUAUUACGGAAGGAGACAUUGGAGGAAAGUUAUUAAACAUUAAUUUUAAUGUGAACGCUUAUUAUGAUUUGUUUUGCACUAGCGACCCGCCCUGGCUUCGCACGGGUGCAAUGCUGAUGUAUUAUACAUAUAAACCUUCCUCUUGAAUCACUAUCUAUUAAAAACAAACCGCAUCAAAAUCCGUUGCGUAGUUUUCACAAUAUGAUCUAAGCAUACAUAGGGACAGAUAUCCAUCCAGAUAGCAGGAAGCGACUUAGUAUAAACUAUGUAGUGAUUCAUACAUAAAAAUUCAAAGUUAGUUUUAUAGUGUUGAAGAAGUACUUACUGAAUAUAUAUCAACGAGCAACGACGUGAUUCGAAAAAUUAGUGAAAAGUUACUGUGAUACUUUUAAUAUGGGUGUUUAAAAACGAAACAUAUUCUUUAAUUUCGUCGAUCACACAUCAACCCUUGCUUGCAUUUGAUAACGAAUUUAAUCAGCGAUUAUUUAAACAUCUAUAAUAUAUUUUAGUAGGUUGGUAAUAUGUAAUUACAAAAUCUACCAAAGGUAAAUAAGUGCCGUGAAACCUUCCAACUAUAGUCCAAAGCUCCCAACUAUGCUCCAAAAUUAACUGUAAUUUUUUCGUUCAGGUGUGUCUUUUACUGUGUUUUUUAUAGUUCUAAGGCAAGGGAUGUUUCUAAACGGCAGUAAAAACUGUAAAACAAUAGGAACGUUGGUAUUGAUACUUAAUUUCCUUUUGAAUUUAUGGACCAUAGUUGCAAUAUUGGACUAGUUGGGAGGUUUUACGGUGCCUAAUGUUGCUAAAACUCCAUUAAAUAUUAUCGUUUUAACUCCUCGACUUAUACUUAAAUACUUAUUUAAUAUUUAUAACAUGUACUUAC